UCGACGAUGCCAAAAUCGACGAUAGACAAUCUAGAGGUGUUAGUUUUUGGAACCGAACGUGGCAUGGUGUUUGUCGUCGACUCUCAAGCGUUCCAGGUCAUCGCGGAGUGCCAGAUUUCCGGAGUUCCAGUGCAAAUCGUCACUUAUGGUGUAUUCGAUGUUGAGUAUCGGUGUUUCGUGAGCACACGUAAUGGGAAUAUUUUCUGCGUGAAACGAGCUCAAACGGUCAAAGAGAAACCGAUCAUCUCUUGUAAAACGGACAUUGUCAGCUUCAACAUACUUAACAAAAUAGUACUGGCCACCACCGAUCAUAUGUUAUUUUUCUACUCAUUUGCCGGCAAAUGCUUGAAUAGCAUAGCCAUCGGUGAGUCCAUCAAUGGACUCGAACCGUUUCGAUAUGCUCCGAAGCAGUUUGAGGGCAUUUUGGUGUUGUUAGAGAAUCAGAUUCGACUCUACACACAUCUUCAUCUUCUCGAUAUCAUAAAAACCGAACGUUCACUUUCGUGGAUGAAAUUCGGACAAUUCGGACGAGAGGAAGGAGCACUUAUUGUUGGCACGAGUGAUGGCGGUCUGUUUGUGAAGUUGUUUCGCCGAAAAGCGUCGCUGGACGAACGAGUCGACCUCGCCGCUCCGCCAAAACCUUACAACAUCAAGCUAAACAUCCCGAAGAAAAGCAAGAUAUUUAUCGACCAGACGAUGAGGGAGAGAGAAAACGUCAAUCAAAUCAAUCAGGUUGCGUUUGCGGAAAUGAGCGUCUCAUCGGCGGAUUCGAUUUCCACCCAUCCGGAUCAUUCGGUCGACAUUGCCGUCACCGUGAACGGAUUUGGACCAAAGUUUCGCCUCAACGUCAAACUGAGUUGCACCACGAAAACACCAUUAUACAAUCUUUGGCUAUCAAUGGUGUUCUCGCCAAGCAUCUAUCGUUUUGAACAAACUCUCAUUCCCGUGUCAAUACUGAUGCCAGGUCAUUUCUACACAUUCACCACCUUAGUGGAAUGUCUUGAACAGGAAAAGGUAAGCAUAAGUUUCCGGAUGUACCGUGUUGAAUAUUGA